CAAAACCUCCACAAGUAUUAAUUCUAUAAGCAAUCCCUGGAAUAAUGCAAUUAAUUCUAUAAAUGAAUCAGAAAGUUCAACUAAUGAACUAGACAAAUAUAACUGCGAUAUGGAACUAAGUUUUAAUAAUUGUGAGGACCUAAUAUACUCCAGAAAUAUUGAACUCGAAGAGGAUAAAAAAAUGUUUGAGUCUCUAAUAAAUAUUAUCGCAGAUAAUAUUCAAAAUGAUAAUUUUUACAAUACAUAUAAAAGACUAAGACAGACCUUAAUAAAAGAAACUAAGGCUUGUCAAGAAGCUUUGACAGCUCAAACACAGCAAAAAACCUGGAAUCCCCCAUGUAACUCAAAACUUGCUUUUCUAUUAAACUAA